CUAAUAUCAUGCUCACACAAAGGAACAUGGCAAAGGUACUCAUCCCUGAGAUACAUGAGGAAUUCCAUACCUAGUCACUGGGACCUGACCUUACCAAUGGUCAUUGUUCACAAGAGAAGCACUACAUGCAGAAUAUUGCAAAAAGAGAAGAGAGUUCGCAUUGGAAGACUACCAGUGGUUAAAGAGAAUCCUUUACUUAACUUCCACAACUGAUUCUAUUUUCACUCUCAGCUGUGCGGGAGAAGCUGGACGUUUUGAUUGAAUAACUUCCCAUCCAACAAUGCCAUGGUUCAUGUGGUGCCAUUCAUGAGAAGUAUAGAAGGAUCACCUCCUGCCUAAGCGUUUAGCCUCUUUGUGAAACAAAGUUACGACAUCAUCAUCGCUGUCAGUGAGACGUGUGCAGGCACCAAGGUAAUAGGAGCGGCAAUGGGACACAGCCUCGAGGACCACCACUCUACAUGUUUCGGGGGACGUUUCCCUUCGCUGCACCCUAGAGAGGAUAAGGAGUUGUGAGCAGGGGGUGUCUUGGUGAUUAAAAGUUUUGGUUCAGGUUGAAGGUCAAAAGGAAGUCAUGGUGUCCGUGGGGAGAAUCAGAAUUGUUCUCUGCUGCGUAUUGAUGAAUGUCAGUGCAGUGAUAGACUCUGAUGAUGUCAUCACACGAGACGAGCAGAUUUACCUCCUGAUUGGUCCCCGUGCCAAGUGUGAGAGGAUAAUCCAUUCCCAGCUGGCCACAGUCAAAGAAGAUGACUGUGUACCGGAGUGGGAUGGGAUUAUCUGCUGGCCCAGAGGGAAGCCUAGUCAGCUGGUCUCGGUUCUAUGUCCAGAAUACAUCUACGACUUCAACCACAGAGGUCAGGCCUAUCGUCAGUGUGAUGCCUCGGGGAACUGGGAGCAGGUGCCUAGCAUCAACCGCACCUGGGCCAACUACACUGAGUGUACCACCUACCUAUUGUCUAGCCAUAGAAGCCAGGAAGAGGAGGUGUUUGAGCGUCUUCACUUGAUGUACACCAUUGGCUACUCCAUCUCUCUGGUAUCCCUACUGGUGGCUGUCUCGAUUCUCUGCUACUUCAAGCGUCUCCACUGUACACGGAACUACAUCCACAUUCACCUCUUCACCUCCUUUGUGUUUCGGGCCAUCAGUAUCUUUGUGAAGGAUGCUGUCCUCUAUGCCAUGUCUGACGACGGAAAGACUGAAGCAGAGGAAUUGGCAGAGAGACCCCAUAUGGUGGGCUGUAAGGUGGCCGUUACUCUCUUCCUGUAUUUCCUGGCGACCAAUCACUACUGGAUCCUGGUGGAGGGGCUGUACCUGCACAGCCUCAUCUUCAUGGCCUUCCUUUCAGACAAGAACUACCUGUGGGCGCUCACCAUCAUCGGCUGGGGUGUCCCUGCAGUGUUUGUGUCCAUUUGGGUCAGUGCGCGAGCAUCACUGGCAGACACUCAGUGCUGGGACAUCAGUGCGGGAAAUCUGAAGUGGAUCUAUCAAGUCCCAAUUCUUGCAGCCAUUGUAGUGAACUUCUUCCUGUUCCUCAACAUCAUACGAGUGUUGGCCUCUAAGCUGUGGGAGACCAACACAGGCAAACUGGACCCCCGUCAACAGUACAGGAAGCUGUUGAAAUCCACCCUUGUCCUGAUGCCCUUGUUUGGAGUACACUAUAUGGUGUUUAUGGCUCUACCCUACACUGAGGUGACGGGCCUGUUGUGGCAGGUGCAGAUGCACUACGAGAUGUUCUUCAACUCUUCCCAGGGAUUCUUUGUGGCAUUCAUCUACUGUUUCUGCAACGGGGAGGUGCAGGCGGAGGUAAAGAAGGCAUGGCUACGGCGGAGCCUGGCCUUGGACCUCAAACAGAAGACCCGGGUGACCAGCAGUGGGGGCGGGGGCAGCUGCUACUAUGGCGGCAUGAUGUCACACACCACCACCCACAGCGUGAGUCUGACUGUGGCCAAUCCCAGAGGAAUGUCCCUGAAUGGGGCAGGGGCCCCCGGGAUGGGAGGAGCUGGGGGAAGCAAUGGGGGAGGGGGAAGCAGGCAGCCACGCCUCACCUCCUCCUUCCACCCCCUCACCAACCUGCCAGGUUACGUGCCCAGCAACACGGAGACCCCCAGGCAGAAACUUGUUAUUUGGAGGCCUGGGGUGGGGGCCGGAGCUGAGGCCGGUGUUAGUGCCUUUCCCAGGAACCCCAGGGCUGCUAGCGAGGGGAUCCAAGGGGGUGGUGGUGGAGCCAAGACAGAGCCUGCAGUCUCUGUGCCCCAGCGAUUGGGAGACGAGGACCCCUGCUGCUCUUUGUCUCUAAAGGAACUAGAGACCAUCUUGUGAACUGGAACUGUCAGAUAUAUGCCGUCUAACAGUGGGAGCAGCACUGUAUCAGAUGGCUUUUCUUAUCCAGAUUCCUGCCAUGGAUCCAUAUCAUGGCUCCAUUCAAGUGAUCUCCAAUGACCUAUUUGAAACUCCCCCGAAUCCCUUGUUUGAUUGACUGACGUCUAAAGACUUAGCUAAGUACAUUUAGUUGGGGUUAAAGAAUCAUUGUGUGUAAACUGGUCUGAUGACACGAUUAUCAAUAGAACAUUGAUCCAAGGAUCAUGAAGAAAAAACAUGUACUUGUAGCAUGAUUGGUGAUUUAAUUUAUCAGUGGUUGUAAUAAAGAACCCAAUGACUAGUGAGUUGCUGCACCCAUUAUGGAAUGUGGAGUCCUGCAUGCCUUUCUACACGUGCCAUAUUUGUUUGACAGACCAUUGUUUUUCCUUUUAUAUUUGCCUGUCUGUCUGCUUGUCUGCUUUCUCUGAUCUCUUCUCUGUCUGCCUAACAAUUCAUGCACUAUUUGUCUAUUGUAGUGAGAUGUACAUUUUUAUCUGAGAAAAACGUGGAAAUGAAGCUUUUACAGCAAUGAAUAAGCAGCAGUAGGCUGCAUUUGAAGACUUCCUUACCUGGGGCCCAUCGCCCAAUGAGCAAAACUGGUGCAUUUAAAAUCCCAAUACACUUUACCAUAAAACAAUAAUAGAUUAAUGAAAUAACAAAAACACAUGUCUAAAACAGUAAAAUAUCAGCUCAGGAUUGACCUUUUUUACAGAUGUAAAGAAAUUGUUAUUUUGGAUAGUGAUAGCACACUUGCUAUGUACAGUGCAUUCGGAAAGUAUUCAGACCCCUUCACUUUUUCCACAUUUUGUUACGUUACAGCCUUGUUCUAAAAUGUAUUAAAUUUGUUUUCAUUUAUUUAUCAAUCUACACAGAAUACCUGAUAAUGACAAAGCAAAAACAGGUUUUCAGGUUUUCAAUUUUUGCAAAUGUAUUCAAAAAUAAAACAAACGUAAAUAUCUCAUUUGCUGUGCAUAAAUAUUCAGACCCUUUAUUCAGUACUUUGGUGAAGCACCUUUGGCAGCAAUUACAGCCUUGAAUAUUUUGGGUAUGACGCUACAAGCUUGGCACACCUGUAUUUGGAGAGUUUCUCCCAUUCUUCUCUGCAGAUCCUCUCAAGCUCUGUCAGGUUGGGUGGGGAAAGUUGCUGCACAGCUGUUUUCAGUUCUCUCCAGAGAUACUCAAUUGGGUUCAAGUCCAGGCUCUGGCUGGGCCACUCAAGGACAUUCAGAGACUUGUCCCGAAGCCACUCCUGCGUUGUCUUGGCUGUGUGCUUAGUUGUCCUGUUUGAAGGUGAACCUUCGCUCCAGUCUGAGGUCCUGAGCGCUCCGGAGCAGGUUUUCAUCAAGGAUCUCUCUGUACUUUGCUCUGUUCAUCUUUCCCUCAAUCCUGACUAGACUCCCAGUCGUUGCUGCUGAAAAACAUCCCCACAGCAUGAUGCUACCACCAACCACCAUGCUUCACCGUAGGGAUGGUGGCAGGUGUCCUCCAGAUGUGAUUACUUGGCAUUCAGGUCAAAGAAUCUUGGUUUCAUUAGACCAGAGAAUCUUGUUUCUUAUGGUCAGAGUCCUUUAGUUGUCACUGAGGAGUGGCAUCCGUCCGGCCACCCUACCAUAAAGGCCUGAUUGGUGGAGUGCUGCAUAGAUGGUUGUCAUUCUGGAAGGUUCUCCCAUCUCCACAGAGGAACUCUGGAGCUCUGUCAGAUUGACCAUCGGGUUAACUGUCACCUCAAUGACCCUCCCCCCCCCAUGGCUUGGUUUAUGCUCUGAGAUGCACUGUCAACUGUGGGACGUUGUAUAGACAGGCGUGAUGCUUUUCCAAAUCAUGUCCAAUCAAUUUAAUUUUUCACAGGUGGACUCCAAUCAAGUUGUAGAAACAUCUCAAGGAUGAUCAAUGGAAACAGGAUGCAUCUGACCUCAAUGUUGAGUCUCAUAGAAAAGGGUCUGAGUUCUUAUGUAAAGAAGGUAUUUCUGCUUUUUAUUAUUACUACAUGUUCAAAAAUUACAAAAACUAUUUUCACUUUGUCAUUAUGUGGUAUUGUUUAUAGAUUGUGAUAUGUUUUAUUUAUUUUUUCAUUUUAGAAUAAGGCUGUAAUGUAACAAAAAAUAUGUAAAAAGGUAAGGGGUCUGAAUACUUUCUGAAUGCACUGUAUGUAAUAGGCUAUAUUAGGCAGUCAGGUAUGUAUUGUAAUUUUAAAAUAAUCAAAUUAAUAAUUGUAUAUUUCAAUCCUUAAAGAUCACUCAGCCUUUUGUAACACCUAUUUUCAUUGUUUAUCUUUGGGGAAAAGUGUUGACAGAUUAUGUACGGUAUAUUGUGGUAUUGAUAACAUAAACCAUGCAUUGUCGAACUCUUACUCCAUAGAAUUGCAUUUUUGCUCUACAGUCUUGUUCACCUUUCGAUGAGCUUGUCAAGGGGUAUUCGGGAUGUACAGUACAGUUGUGGGCACUACAACGUUUUGGAGAAGGUAAAAGUGCCACAUUUCUAGUUGUGUGAAGUACUUAUGUAAAAAUACUUUAAAGUACUACUUAAGUAGUUUUUUGGGGUAUCUGUACUUUACAUUACUAUUUCCUCCACUACACCCCCAAAAAAAUGAUGUACUUUUUUACAUACAUUUUUCCUGGCACCCAAAAGUACUUGUUACAUUUCGAACGCUUAGCUUAUCACGAGAACAUCCCUGGUCAUCCCUACUGCCUCUGAUCUGGUGGACUUACUAAACACAAAAAUGCUUAAUUUGUAAAUGAUGUCUGUUGGAGUGUGCCCCUGGCUAUC